CGUGUACGGAAGUGGCGUCACCGUCACACGACAGCGCGCGCGAAUCUGCUUUGUGUUCGUGUUGUUGAGCUUCGUGUUAAAGACAAUGAUGUCUGGAGAAGCACUGCAGUGUUCUGGAUAUCCUGAGGAUAAACUCCAGACUUUAACUGAAAGACUGACAUGUAGAGAAACGCAGGCAGGAACCUUGCUGACACUGAUGGGAGAGCCGGAUCAGUACAGCUAUCCAUCAGUGUUCAUUUACGGUCACCGAGCGACAGGAAAGAGUCACGUCCUCCUCACACUACUCACACACCUACAGCUCCCCCAUGCUGCAGUCAGCUGUGUGGAGUGUGUGUCUGCAGGACUGAUGUUCGAGCAGGUUUUAUCGGCUCUGUUCGGGGCGGCCGCUGCGUCUCUCCUCCCUCGCUCUUCUUCUCUCUCUGACUUUGUGAGGAUCUACAGACAGGCGUGUGUUCAACAUCCUGCUCAACAAACACGUUAUAUUGUUGUGGAAAAAGCAGAGCUGCUCAGGGACAUGGAGGCAAACCUACUGCCUGCUCUGCUGCGCCUGCAGGAACUGGUAGAUGAUAAUGUGACUGUUUUCCUGCUCAGUGAAAUUGUGUGGGAGAAAUUUCGCCCCAAUACUGGCUGCUUUGAACCUGUACUGCUGCACUUCCCUGAUUACACAAAAGCGGAACUCCUGCACAUUCUGUCUCGAGACUCUCACCCGUCAUACACACCUGAAUUUUACUCGUCAUACAUAAACAUCCUGCUCGGGGUUUUCUACUCUGUGUGCAGAGACCUGAGGGAGCUACGCCACCUGGCUGCAUUAAAUUUCUCUAAGUUCUGUGAGCCGUUGGAAAAAGGAGAAGCCAAAGAGAGCGACACACACAAGCUGUGGAGGAACAUCGAGCCUCACCUGAAGAAGGCCAUACAGAGUGUGUACCUGAGAGAGGUGUCCAGUGUUCAGUGGGAGCAGCAGCAGGUGGAUGAACAGGAGACCACAGCUCUCAGAGGUUUAUCAGCUCACACACAUGUAGAAUUGCCUUAUUACUCCAAAUUCCUGCUGAUAGCAGCGUACCUGGCCUCCUAUAAUCCAGCCCGGACGGACCGACGCUUCUUCCUCAAGCAUCAUGGGAAAAUGAAGAAAACCAAUUUCUUGAAGAAACAUGAAAAAACUAGUAACCAUUUGUUAGGACCGAAGCCGUUUCCUCUGGACAGGUUGCUGGCGAUCUUUUACAGUGUGGUGGACAGUCGAGUGGCUCCAACAGCCAGUGUGUUCUCCCAGAUUUCCUCUCUGGUUACCCUGCAGCUUCUCACUCAGGUGGGACACGACGACCAGCUCGACUCUCCAAAGUAUAAGUGUGCCGUCUCGCUCGACUUCAUCCUCGCCAUCUCCAGAACUGUCAGCUUUGACAUUGUGAGGUACCUGUAUGACUUCCUGUGAUGGUAACAGCUUUAUGAUUGGACAGCACACUCAGGAACAGUGAAGUGGGAGGAGCUUGGACUGUAAGCGCUGUGCUGUGAUUGGCCGAAUCAGGAAACUUGUCCAUGUGGAAGGAACAGUGUUGUGUUGUGGCCAGAGCUCAGGGUUUAUAUAUUUGAGUAUAAAAUAAACAGGUAUUAUUAUCUUUGGGUUAGUGACAUGUCUUCACCAUCUUCACACAUCAGUGUGUUUCUGUUAUCCCAUGAUCACUACUAUGUAGUGGCUAUAGUUAGAUGUUUCACUGUCCUGGGUUCUGUUAGCAUUAUAAAGUGUAAUAAAUAACGAAAUAAAUUGUAUUUCCACA